UAAAAGUGUUGUUUCAGUUUGAGACAUGGCAUCGUCUUUGGCUUCAACAUCACCUUCACCUGCUUCAGCUUCUGCUGUCACCAAAUCCGCCACUAAUUUGCGCCUCUUUCAUUUCUCAAACUCUAACCUCUCUUUCCGCCUCUCUCCCAAACCCAACUUCCGCUUUUUCACCAAGGGAUACCCUCCUACUCAUCUGUUGUUAUGCCCAAGGGUUAAGGCUCAGUUAAAUGAGGUUGCCCUUGAUGGUUCCUCCAAUGCUGCGCCUCCUAUCAAAGCCAAAUCAGACGUGGAACCACCUACCAAGCCUUCAAGUGAACCAUCUUCUUCAAUCUUGGCAACUCAAGAAUCAAUCUCUGAUUUUAUUACUCAAGUUGCAAGUCUUGUCAAGCUUGUUGAUUCAAGAGACAUUGUAGAGUUGAAGCUUAAGCAGCUUGACUGUGAAGUAACAAUCAGGAAAAAAGAAGCUAUGCCUCAACUACAAUAUGCUCCUCAACCUGCCAUGUUAUAUUCACCCCCUUUGCCGGCGGGGCAGCCUGUUGCGCCGCCAUCUACUCCAACAUCUGCUCUGGCUCCUCCUACCUCUCUACCAUCAACUUCUCCCCCAGCUGCCAGGUCAGCUAAAUCAUCGCAUCAGCCUCUUAAAUGCCCCAUGGCAGGGACAUUCUACCGAAGUCCAGCACCUGGUGAACCUGCAUUUGUGAAGGUCGGAGACAAAGUAAAGAAGGGGCAAGUCCUAUGCAUCAUUGAGGCGAUGAAAUUGAUGAAUGAAAUAGAAGCUGAUCAGUCAGGAACUAUAGUUGAAAUCCUUGCGGAAGAUGGCAAGUCUGUAAGCGUUGACACUCCCCUAUUUGUGAUUGAACCUUAGAGCUCACGGAGUAUUCAAGUAGAUGGAUGAAACAACAUAUAGAGGUAUCUACUGGUAUUGGUAGUUGAAAAGUGUGAGGCGCAUCAUCUCCCCCAAAACACCCCCUCCCCCAAAGGUAGAGAAAGCUAGGAAGAUUUUGUUCUGAUUUGGGAUGGUACAGUUGAGAAGAAUUACUCCUUUAUAAUGGAUUUAUUCCUUUUUUUUUUUUUUUUUCUUAUCAUCCAGUUCUACAUGCUUGGACUAUGUUCUAGUGAAUAUUUUUUUUGUUUCAACUUUCAAGCAAAAAUUCAUGUGUCUGAUAUGCAUUU